AUGUGCCUGGACAUACAAGUUACACCUUUAAAAAGAGCAGGUUGGCAGUGUCCUGAUUGCAAAGUGUGCCAGAACUGCAAACAUUCUGGGGAAGACAACAAGAUGCUGGUGUGCGAUACAUGUGACAAAGGCUACCAUACUUUCUGUCUACAACCAGUUAUGGAUGCUGUACCAACAAAUGGUUGGAAAUGUAAGAACUGUAGAGUAUGUGCUGAGUGUGGCACACGAACAAGUUGUCAGUGGCACCAUAAUUGUUUGGUAUGUGACAGUUGUUACCAACAACAAGACAACUUAUCUUGUCCUUUCUGUGAAAAACUGUGCCUCCAAGACUUCCAGAAAGAUAUGUUGCAUUGUCACAUGUGCAAAAGGUGGAUUCAUAUAGAAUGUGACAGAUCUCCAGGUAGUGAAUUGGAGUCUCAGUUGAAAGACUACAUCUGCACUCUUUGUAAACAAGGAGAAGGGGAUCAGACUCAGUCAUGUGAUGUAAUGGACACUUCUGAACUCAUUCCUGAACCUGAUGGUGUAACAGCUUGUACAAAUGAAAUGGAAAUGGAAAGUGGUGGAGAAGAUGUGACAUUUCACGAACAACCAAUUACUGGUGACGACCCUGGUCAAGAAUCAGCUGUUGGAUGUGUCACAGACGUUACAGGCAUAUCACCAGAAGAAAAGACCACAAAACUGGAAACAGAAGUCUCUGUUGAAGUUAAUUCAUCUGAAAUGGAAAUGUCUCCUAAAAAGACACCAGCAUCUGGUGACAGUCAGACUGAGAAAAUGAUGGAAGUGAUGGAAAGUGUUCAAGCUGUAAUACAGCAGGACUUAGACAAACAAGUGGAAGAGACACAGCUGCCACCACAAGGUAGUGUGGAGGUAUCAGAAGUAUGCACAGUAGACUCUCGGUCUCUGUCUUCAGUACCCGAGACCAUAACUGUGAUGCCAGAAAUACAGGAGACUGAAAGUAAAGGAGAUAUUUGUAUUCCUGUAGAACAACAACUGGAAAUAACAAAAGUGCAAAAAGAUGUAGAAAAAGAAGAAAGCCGUGACAAGUCAGAAACACCAGCUCUUCUAGAAGUAGAAACUACUUCCGCACAUGAAGGUGUGGCAAAUAGUUCACCAGUUGGAGACAAACCCAUCAAAUCACCAGCUGAGACUUACCCCUCACUUCCCCCAUCAGUUAAUAUAAACAAGACAAAUGUGUCUUCCUCGCCAGAUGUUUCAUUAGACUUGCAUUCUGCACGAGAUGUACAGCACAGUCAGCCCCCAGCAUUGCCUUCCACUGCUGGAAGUGCUGUCCCAACGACGUACAUACCAGUCACUCCAAAAAUUGGCAUGGGAAAACCAGCCAUCACCAAACGCAAGUUUUCUCCUGGAAGACCCAGAUCAAGACAGGGCCGUGGAUCAGGAUUCCCCGGAAAGCGGAGGCCACGUGGUGCAGGUCUUUCAGGAAGAGGUGGCAGAGGUAGAUCAAAACUCAAAAAUGGAGUUGGGACUGUAGUCAUUCCAGGGGUAAGAACAUUUAUUUUUAAGUCAUAUUGGA